GUUCUCCCAACCUCUCUGGGGAGCCAGAGGACAAGAGGCAGGGCUUUGGCACCAGCCAGGCCUAUAUUCACAUCCCAGCUCUGCGGUUCUGAGACUCUUAUCACAUCACCUCCUCCUGGAAGCUACCCUGAUUGUCUUCACCUCCUUUCUUGAAAUCUGGUGUCUCAGAAGUUAACAGAAGGCUUGUGUAAAUGCCCUAGGUGUGUGCUGUUGGGAGGGGCACAGCCCCCUGUGAUGGGAACACCACAUUCAGAUUCAUCAGUUUGGUAUUUGUUGAAUGCAGCAUUAGAGAGAAAAUUUGUCUACUUUGGAAAGGAAUUUGGCAACAUAUUCCAAGAAUCAGAAAAAUGUUUAUGCUCUCAGUUUUAGCAGGAGGACCCCUUCCACAGUCUGCCCAGGCUGGAGCCAGUUUUGUUCUGCCUGUUCUCAUUUUUGGCUGUGAAAACAACAGUCACGCUUACUGAAUAUUUACUCCGUGCCUGAUACCGUUCCAGGCACUUUGACCUGCGCUAAUUUAAUCCUUACAACAGUCCUACGAGGGUUGCCUGAGGCCCUGCCGCCCCGUGGAUCAUGUUUAACGGGGAGCCAGUUCCAGCCUCAGCUGCGGCCUCCAGGAACGUGGUGCGGAGCUCCAGCAUCAGCGGCGAAAUCUGCGGACCCCAGCAGGCUGGGGACGGGACCGGGACCACCACGGCCAAGAAGCGGCGCAGCAGCCUCGGGGCCAAGAUGGUGGCCAUCGUGGGCCUGACCCAGUGGAGCAGGGGCACACUCCAGCUCCCCCAGGCUGAAGGGGCCACCAAGAAACUGCGCAGCAACAUCCGGCGGAGCACGGAGACGGGUGUUGCCGUGGAGAUGCGGAGUCGGGUCCCUCGCCAGGGCAGCCGGGAGUCCACGGACGGGAGCACCAACAGCAAUAGCUCCGAUGGCACGUUCAUAUUCCCCACCACCCGGCUUGGAGGUGAAAGCCAGUUCAGCGAUUUCCUGGAUGGCCUGGGACCAGCCCAGAUUGUUGGGCGACAGACGCUGGCAACGCCACCAAUGGGGGAUGUGCACAUUGCCAUCAUGGACCGGAGCAGCCAGCUGGAGGUGGAAGUGAUUGAGGCUCGGGGCCUGACCCCCAAACCAGGCUCCAAAUCGCUCCCAGCCACCUAUAUCAAGGUUUACCUACUUGAGAACGGGGCCUGCUUGGCCAAGAAGAAGACAAAGGUGGCCAAGAAGACCUGUGAUCCCCUGUACCAGCAGGCUCUGCUCUUUGACGAGGGGCCCCAGGGCAAGGUGCUGCAGGUGAUUGUCUGGGGAGACUAUGGCCGCAUGGACCACAAGUGCUUCAUGGGCAUGGCCCAGAUCAUGCUGGACGAGCUGGACCUGAGUGCCGCGGUCACCGGCUGGUACAAACUCUUCCCCACGUCCUCAGUGGCAGACUCUACGCUCGGCUCCCUCACCAGGCGCCUGUCCCAGUCCUCCCUGGAGAGUGCCACGAGCCCCUCAGGCUCCUAAGGGCCUCAGGAAGAGGCCUGGAUGCAGUGUGGGAAGGGGUGCUGCCACCCCCCGUCUCCUCCCCUGUACAUAGUCUUCACGUCUUUCUGGACCCCUUGCCUUGCUGCAUGCCUGUUGGCUACUGGGCCUGUCCCAGCUGGCAGUGGAGACUCUAGUAUGUGUGCGUGUGUGUCUGUGUGUGUGUCUGUGUGUGACCAUGUUAGAUCUGUUCAUUUGUCUGGGUGUAUUUGGUCUUAGUGACUAUAUGGGCUGAAAUCCACGUCUCUCUGUGUCUCGUUGUGAAGAAACCCAAAGGAGAGUUGCGUGGACGGGACUCCAUUUGAGUCCAGGGGUGGAAGUGGGAGACGCAGCCAUUGGUCCAUCCCACCUGGUCCUAGGCUCAGGGCAGAGCCUGCGUGUCCCCGCCUGUGCCUGUUCUUGGUGGUCCCUGCUUAGUUUUCUGUCUUGUUCUUUGUUCCACCUCUGCCUCUCCCAGCGCCUCUGCUCUUUUUUGAGGAAUGUAGCGUCCACUGCAGCUGGCCACAGCGAGGCCCCUCUGGGAACCCUGACACCCCUCCUCUUCGCUGGGCACUCCGGCUGCUCUUCCCACCGAAUGCAUCCACAGCACGUAGCAUCUCACCUAGCGCCCUGGCCAGGGCUCCGGGAGGCAGACGAUGCCGGGGAGCUGAGGGCUUAAAGACCGCUUUCUCCCUCGGGCCGGCGCCACCUCCUUCCUACAAGUGAGAUUGAAGGAGGUGUCAGUUCCCAGGGUUGCAGGCCAGGGACCUUGGAGGAAAGUGCUGGUACCUCCCUUAGAAUUGUUCACCUCCUGUUUCCCUCCAAGCCUCCUCACUUGCGACAUGCCAAAGGAGCUCUCCCAGCGGACCCCAGGUGGUGUGGAGUGGACGGUCUUGACAUGCAAGAGGUUGGCCUCAUAGGGACGUUACCUGCCAAAGUGGGCAGCCCCUGGCGGCACCUGUGUCCAUCCCAGUUCCUGAGGGUGGCCCUGUGCCCCUCUGGGCUCGUCCUGGAGGGGCCUGGCUUGUUGAGGAUGUGCCCAGGGCAGGGCUGCUGGCAGGAAUGAGGAGGGCUGGGGCUGACUUGCUCUGUGAAGCCUGUCCGACCUUUGGGGAUUAGCUGCAUGAAGUUGAUUAUUGGGGGCUCUAUUUUUUUUUUUUUUUUU